AUGGAGUGGAUUGAGAAGAUUCUGGACUAUGUCUUCAAGCCGGCUAACGGGAUAAUGUCGCAAGUUUCUCCCUCAUGGAGUUGGUAUAUCCCAACGUUCGUCAAGGGGCUUCUCUUCCCGCCACUGGCUGGUCUUUAUCGCCAUCUCGAUUCAAAGCAUCCAAGUAUCACCCAUCUGCAAACUUCCAUCAAGUAUGCAUUUGCGGCACUCGCAACAACGUCUCUCCGCCACCCGUCUCUUCCCCAUUAUCAACAACGGCUUGCGAUUUCUCUGCGGGACAGGUAUCGCAGGCUAGGAGACGCGAAGGAUUUGCGGCUUGCCCUGAUGCUUCAAAGCUCAGCGGCAUCGCGGAUCCUGGCAGCACAUAUGGAUGUUCAUUGGCACUGCGAAAACCUUAUGGUGACUUACCGAGAAUUGUAUUCUCAUUCGGGAGACGACAAACACCUGGAGACCAUGAUAAAAUUUGCGCAAAGUGUUACUUUGGAACCUACUUCUCCACGUCUGGGGUGGUGGCAGCAGAGUCUUUCUGAAGUAUACCAACAACGUUAUGCCAGAUUCAGCCGUGCCGAGGACGCAGAAGCUGCGUUGGAGUACGCUCUUGCCGCGGUUGAUUUUGUAGGAGAAGAUGACCCCAUUCUACCGGGCCGACAGAAUACGCUUGGGAGUGCCUACAAUCACAGGUUUAAUUACACCCAGAAGAUGGAAGAUAUCGACCUCGCCCUUUUUUGGGCCCACAUGUCACUCUCAACUACUCUGAAUCCUGCUUCGAUCGAAUACGUGAUGAGGCAGCAGCAUCUAGCUAGCUUGUACAGCUCACGAUAUGCGUUUAUUAGAAACCCGGAUGACCUCCAAGCUGCAAUUACCCUUUGCCAAGAGUCUAUUGGAAAGAUACCUCAACGACAUCAACACUUUUUUCAGUGCCAUUAUAACCUUAGCUACUACCUCUUCCACAGGCAUAUAAACACAGGCGCUCCUGAAGAUUUGGAGAAUUCGAUCGAGUACUGCUUGAAGGUGAUGAAAGGCUCGCCUCCGAAUAACCAACAUACCGGCAUUUACGCGGCCCACUUAGCUUCUGCACUCGCUGAAAGAUACCAGAAAUCUGGUCGUUUGGACGAUCUCGAAUCGGCCAUGAAGUGGAUCGAGGUCGCUAUUCCGAAAUUUGGCAAGGACCACCCAAAAGCGCCGUGGCAUUUGUACGUCCAUUCGACCGUCCUUUUAUUACGUUAUCGCAGGCAUCGAAAUCGAGCCGACCUUGAGCUCUCGAUCAGACAAUGCAAGUCUUCUGUCGAGUUAACUCGUCCUGAUGACCCGGAGUUGCUGGAGCGGCAGCAACAACUUUCUAUCCUGUAUCAAGACCUCUUCUCCCAAUCGAGAGACCUUCAGCACGUCAUGCUUGCCCUUGAAGUGCAGCAAACUGUCGUCGAUUUAACACUCAGGGAUCACAGAUACGCCGCCGACCACUUCUCCACUCUAGCGGCUAUCCAUUCGCAAAUUUACGAACACAAGGGAGGCGUUGAACAUAGGGAAGCAUCCAUGAAGUGGAAUCACACAGCCCUAGACUCUGCCAAACCCGACGAUCCUGAACGCCACUGCUACUAUUUCAAUCUCGCGCUUCAAUACUACAACAGGUACACACGAUUGAAAGACCCCGACGACCUAGAGGUCUCUCUCAAGCUCGGGAACGAAGCCCUCCGGCUUAUUCCUCAGGACCAUCCGAGAACUGUCAGAUACCAUGAUGUGGUGGCGGAAGCGUCUGCAGAUAGAUAUAACCUACUCCACGAUCUGCCAGAUCGCGAUAAAGCCCUUGAAUCCUUCAAGCGAUCAGUCCAAGCAUCUAACGGCGAUCCGAAACUUGUAUGGAGGGUCAUACGGAAAUGGGCAGAAUUUGCACAGCUGCACAAACUUCCAGAAUGUAUCGAUGCCUAUGGUACUGGCUAUCGCAUGCUUCCCGAGUUGUUUUGGCUUGGAAGUGAUAUCACCUCUCGACACGAGACCCUCGUCAAAUUUGAAGUGGCGACUGUGACCACCAAAGCCAUCGCGGCAUGCAUUGAAUACGAACAACUCGAACGCGCUGUGGAGUUUGUUGAGCAGAGCUUGGCACUCACCUUCCAGCAGCUCCUCGAUCUCCAGACCGACCUAUCUGCACUGAAAGAGAAGUUUCCUGGGUAUGCUUCCAUGCUGGAGACUAUCUCAGCAGAUCUCCAGAAAAUUGCGAUCACAACUCGGAGUCAGUCUCCGUACGGUUCUUCAGCUAGUCGAUCUAGUCAAUGGGACCUACAGCGGAAGUUAGCAAUGAAAAGAGAUGCACUCCUGAAAACGGUCAGGGAGCUUCCAGAGUUUGAAAACUUCCUGCUUCCCGUCCCUUUUCGAUCCUUGAGACGUGCUGCAGACAAAGGCCCACUUGUGGUUAUCAAUUGCAGUUCGAAGACGUGCGACGCUGUCAUCAUGUCGCAAGGUGGCAAACUUCUGCACACUCGGUUACGAGGCGUCAGUGUCGAUAAUGUCGCGAAACAGUACGAAAGAUUACGGAUGGCUCUCAGACAAUAUGGAAUCCACUCGCGCGACGUCAAUAGUCACGACCGUGCUGGUCAACGUGUGGUUUCCAAACAAGUCAACGGAGAAACGAUCAUACAGGACAUUUUGGCCUGGAUAUGGUCCCUCAUCGUUUUUCCGGUUUUUACGGUGCUGAAGGAGAAUGGCAUCGUUGGCGGACGCUUAUGGUGGUGUCUAACUGGCCCUCUAACGUAUUUGCCACUCCACGCCGCAGGACCGCCGAAUGAUUUCAUUCAAUCGUACACAUCGACGUUAGGAGCACUUUUACGAGCACGCUCUUCGCCGCCCAGGAGCAAGGAAAUCAAAGUGACUACAGUGGGUUUAUCAGAAUUCAACAAAGGGGGCAUCUCCCACCUUCCGAAGGUCUCCGAAGAGAUCGAUGCUCUGAGAGACGUCGCUGGCGAAUCUCGGACAUCCGUGUUCAUGAAUUCAGAUGCAACACUCGAAAAGAUCACCGACCUGCUGCCCCAAUCGACGUGGCUGCAUUUGGCUUGUCAUGGCCAGCAAGGGAAUGCACAAGAUCCACUGAAGAGUGGGCUGUUGCUUUAUGAAGGGCAGAGGCUCGAGCUCGAGACAAUCGUCAAUACCGCGAUUCCAAACGCCGAAUUCGUCUUCCUGUCUGCAUGCGAGACGGCGAUGGGAGAUGUUGACCUGACAAGCGAGUCAUUGCAUCUUGCGGGUGGUAUGAUCUUCGCUGGCUUCAAGGCGGUCAUUGGCACACUUUGGUCUAUCAACGAUGCUGACGGGCCAGUCGUUACACGGAUAGUGUACUCGCAUCUCUUCCAGGAUGGAAAAGAGCCGGAUGUCAACAAUGCUGCUGAAGCCUUGCAUCUUGCUGUCAAACACCUGCGUGAGAGAGGCGUUCCACCGCACCGCUGGGUUCCUUUUAUCCACAUUGGUAUAUGA